UCAAAAGUUCGAGUUGAGUACAUCAUAAAUUGGUGAAUUGAAUUACUAAAAUGAUAAGAUUAACUUUUCGAUGAUUUCUUGUUACAUUUUGUAUCUGUCCUAUCAGUUGAAUUUCGAUCGCAUACAACGCCUAAGCAAACAUGAGUGAGACCAAAUUCGAAAACGUGACUGAACUCGACGCUGUAAAUGUAAACAAUGGAACAGAAAAAUUAGACGAAAUAAAAGAUGAAGAAACACCCGAAAUUGAAGCGAAACGAGUCGAGAAAAAGUACACAACGUCCUUCAAAGUAGAGAGCUACUUCAAUACCCUAGUUCAUAUUUUAAAUGGGGCCGUUGCGUGUUUCAUGACACUCUACCUAAUUCGCGAGGUGAUGAACGAUUGGCCGGGUACAAAUGACACGUUUCCAUUACAUGCCUUUUUCACGACCGUUGGAUAUCAACUGUUUAUGGCCGAGGCGAUACUUGUGUUCUACGCACCGAAUUCGUGGACAUACUUCUUAUCGCAUAAGACGAAAAAGCAUUUGCAUUGGAUACUGCAGUUGAUUGGUGCGAUUUUCAUAAUUUUCGGCAAUGUCUGGAUAAGCGUUAUAAGGACAACGCCUCACUUCGCAACCGUUCAUUCAAUCACAGGUUUAAUAUCGAUGAUACUAUUGGGCAUAACGAUGCUGCAAGGAGUCUGGGCAUAUUUCGCUUUUGAUUUGCGGGCAUACAUGAAACCGAUUCAGAGCAAAUUCUUGCACAAUAUCCAUUCACUUUUGUGUUUUGUUAUCGGAAUGAUAAGCUUGAUAUUCGGCUACAGAAUGGGUGCUGACCAUGGCACUUUCGAUACAAUCGAAAUGGAAUAUGCACUGAUUACAAUCGCUGUGGUGACCACUGUUUUUUCAGUAGUUGGUGCUGUGAAAUCUGGAUUGAGAUAUUUAAAUAAAAUCGAAUAGUGA